UUUACAAGGUCACAGACUUACGUUCAAAGCUGGAGCCUGAGAAGAAGUGACCAGGUUGGAGGGUCUUGACCAGAAGUGUGGUCACUGACAGUCCCUGAUGGUGGGCAGCGUGUGGGCAGCUCUGGGACUUUCCCUCACCUGCGUCUCAGCCUUCAGCCUUACCUCCCCUGCCUGGUUCCAGGCCCCCACCUUCUCCUUUGGUGUGCUCACCUACUGCUCCUGGCCCCAUGGUGACAGCAGGAACCAGAGCUGUGGGACCUUCAGGUCCCUGGAUGACAUUCCUGACUUUGCCUGGAAGGUCUCAGCCACGAUGCUCCUCGGAGGCUGGCUCCUGUUGGCCUUCAAUGCAAUUCUCCUCCUGUCCUGGGGCCUGGCCCCUAAAGGGCUCUGUCCAAGGAGGGGCAGUGGCCCAAUGCCCGGGGUGCAGGCAGCAGCAGCCACCGCCACCAUCGUGGGCCUGCUGGUUUUCCCCAUCAGCUUGGCUUCCCCAUUCGCCAAGGAAGUCUGCUUAGCCUCCUCCGUGUACCACAGUGGUCAGUGCCAGCUGGGCUGGGGCUAUGUGACCGCCAUCCUCAACGCAGUCCUGGCCAGCCUCCUGCCCAUGAUCAGGUGGCCCCACACAACUGAGGUCCAGAGGAGGACCAUCCUCUUCUCCCGAGACGCUGACAGCAUCAUCUCGCACCAGAAAUGAGCAAAUAAAAAUAUCCCAGGAGGAGCAAAAAAGAGCCCACGCUAGAAUUGUAUGAAAUCACUAUGCACCCAGGUUCAAAUCCCACCUCUGCUGUUUCCUGGCCGUGUGACCUCAGGCCAGACACUUCACCUCUCUGGACCUCAGGGGAUGCUUCUGUGAAGUGGAGGGUGAAAUACCUUGUAGGGUUGUUAGGAAAAUUAGCUUGAGAUGCUGUAUAUAUUGUAUGUAUGUAUUGUAGCACAAUGCUAAGCAUAGCAUUCAAUAAACUUUAGUUACUAUUAUUGUAAUCCCUACCUCACAGGACUGU